UGUGCUGGCUUCUGGCUGCCUGCCUUUACCCCCUUCCAGAGGCUCAGGACUUCCAGAUGACCAUUGCUCCUCGGUCCCCCUCUCCCCUCUGGCUGGUUCUGUGUCACUUUCUAGCUGGCCCCCAGUCCCCCUCUCCCUUCUGGACAGUCUGGGUCUCCUCUGGGUAGUUCUGGGUCCCCCUGUCCCUCUGGCUGAUUCUAGGUCCCUUUCUGGGUGGCCCCAGGUCCCUUUGAGGUGGUCUUGGGUGCCCCCUGGGUGGUCCUGGGUCUCCUGGGCUCCUUCCUGCCUAGUAUCCUUCCAGGAUACUAGUCUGAGGAGGGGUCACCACCAGGUGGGGUCCCUACCCCACCCACGUCAUCGCUGCCCCUGCACCCCCACACCUGGCCACCCAGAGCCUCUGCCCUUUGCCUCCCGGGGCUGGGGGGUGAAACCAGAUCGCAGGCAGUGACACCCGGGCUAUUUUGGAGCUGGGCUGGGCUGGCUGGUGGUGGGGGCGGGCCCAGCCUUCUCCAGCUGACAGCGUCUGCCUGUCCUUUCGUCCCCGUCCAGUCUGAGGACCGGCCAGAGAGUGGGCUGCUGGGUGGGAGCCGUGUCAGUCCUGGGCCCGUGGAGGGAGGUGAGACCCAGCAGCCCCUGUUCCAUCUUCUGUGCCCUACGCCUGGGUGCUGCUCCCAGCCUCCCGUAGAGACAGGUCCCUCCUGCCGCCCCCACCCCCACCAUGGAUCACUCAUUCAGUGGGGCACCCCGAUUCCUGACCCGGCCCAAGGCCUUCAUGGUGUCGGUGGGCAAGGACGCCACGCUGAGCUGCCAGAUCGUGGGCAACCCCACGCCGCAGGUGAGCUGGGAGAAGGACCAGCAGCCCGUAGAGGCGGGUGCUCGCUUCCGCCUGGCCCAGGACGGCGACCUGUACCGUCUCACCAUCUUAGACCUGGCACUGGGCGACAGCGGACAGUACGUGUGCCGCGCACGCAACGCCAUCGGUGAGGCCUUCGCGGCUGUGGGCCUGCAGGUGGACGCUGAGGCCGCCUGCGCAGAGCAGGUGCCCCACUUUCUCCUGCGGCCCACGUCCAUCCGCGUGCGCGAGGGCGCCGAGGCCACGUUCCGCUGUCGCGUGCGCGGCUCGCCGCCUAUGGCCGUGAGCUGGGCCAAAGACGGGCGGCGCUUGGGCUCGCCUGACGCCCCCAGAGUGCGCGUGGAGGCCAGUGGCGAGGCGAGCGCGCUGUGCAUCCAGGCAACGCGGGCCUGGGACGGCGGCACCUACACGGUGCGCGCCGAGAACCCGCUGGGCGCUGCCAGUGCCGACGCGGCGCUCACCGUGGAGGCGGAUGCGGACGCGGCGGGCCCUCCCGGGGCCUCCACUGCUGCGCUUCUGGCGCACCUGAAGCGGCGGCGCGAGGCGAUACGCGCGGACGGCGCCCCGGCCUCGCCACCGGGUUCUGGCACGCGCACAUGCACCGUGACUGAAGGCAAGCACGCGCGCCUCAGCUGCUACGUGACGGGGGAGCCAAAGCCAGAGACCGUGUGGAAGAAGGAUGGGCAACUGGUGGUCGAGGGCCGGCGACACGUGGUGUACGAGGACGCCCAGGAGAACUUCGUGCUCAAGAUCCUCUUCUGUAAACAGUCGGACCGGGGCCUCUACACCUGCACGGCGUCCAACCUGGUGGGCCAGACUUACAGCUCCGUGCUGGUCGUCGUCCGAGAGCCCGCGGUGCCCUUCAGAAAGCGGCUGCAGGACCUGGAGGUGCGGGAGAAAGAGUCGGCCACGUUCCAGUGCGAGGUGGAGCUGCCGGCCACGGAGGCCGCGUGGUACAAGGAGGAGACGCGGCUGUGGGCCAGCGCCAAGUACGGCAUCGAGGAGGAGGGCACUGAGCGCCGGCUGACGGUGCGCAACGUCUCGGCCGACGACGACGCCGUCUACAUCUGCGAGACAGCGGAGGGCAGCCGCACGGUGGCGGAGCUCGCGGUGCAAGGCAACCUCAUCCGGAAGCUCCCGAGGAAGACCGCGGUGCGAGUGGGGGACACGGCCAUGUUCUGUGUGGAGCUGGCCCAGCCCGAGGAGUCCAUCCACUGGCUGAGGAACCAGGAGGAGGUGGUGGCCGGGGGUCGCGUGGCCAUCACCACAGAAGGCACGUGCCACACGCUGACCAUCUCCAAGUGCAGCCUGGAGGACAUGGGCGAGGUGACCUUCAUGGCUGGGGACUGCCGGACAACGACACAGUUCUUUGUGUCUGCCCCUAGGAAGCCGCCGCUGCACGCGCCUGAGGCCCCCAUGGUGAAAUCCAGGACAGAGUGCUCCGUGACCCUUGGCUGGUCCCCACCACCCCACGGGGACCGCCCUGUCCCCAUCGAUGGUUAUCUGGUGGAGAAGAAGCGGCUUGGCGCCCACACCUGGAGCCGGUGCCACGAGGCUGAGUGGGUGGGUGCGCAGGAGCUGACUGUGGCCAGCGUGUCUGAGGAGGGGGACUUCCAGUUCCGGGUGUCCGCUCUGAACAGCUUUGGCCACAGCCCCUACCUCGAGUUCCCAGGGACUGUGCACCUGACCCCCCAGCUUGCUGUGAGGACGCCCCUGAAGGCAGUGGAGGCUGUGGAGGGUGGUGAGGUGACCUUCUCCGUGGACCUCACUUUGGCCUUGGCGGGAGAGUGGUUCCUGGACGGGCAGGCCCUGAAGCCCAGCAGCAUGUACAUGAUCCGUCAGGACGGCACACGGCAUGCCCUCACCAUCCACUCAGUGUCCGCCAGCAUGCACGGUGCUGAGCUCAAGUUCGUGGCCAAUGGCAUUGAAAGCAGCAUCCGCAUGGAGGUCCGAGCGGCCCCAGGGAUGACCACUAGGCGUCCAGUCACAGCUGUGAGGGAAGUGCUGGCCCGGCUGCAUGAGGAGGCACAGCUGCUGGCUGAGCUGUCAGACCAGGCUGCAGCGGUGACAUGGCUGAAGGAUGGCCACGUGUUGCCACCAGGCCCCAAGUAUGAGGUGCAGGCCAUGGCCGGACAGCGGGCACUGCUGGUGCGGGAUGUGGUGCGAGAUGAUGCUGGCCUCUACGAGUGUGUCAGCCGUGGGGGCCGCAUCGCCUACCAGCUCCUGGUGCAAGGGCUCACUCCCUUUCUGCACAAGGACACUGCUGGCGGCUGUGUGGAUGCUGUGGCUGGAGGCCCAGCCCACUUCGAAUGCGAGACCUCAGAGGCCCAUGUGAGUGUGCACUGGUACAAGGAUGGAGUGGAGCUCAAGCGCUCCAGCCAGCGCUUCUUGCAGGAGGACGUGGGUUCACGGCACCGGCUGGUGGCAACCUCGGUCACCAGGCAGGAUGAGGGUACCUACUCGUGCCGUGUGGGCGAGGACUCCGUGGACUUCCAGUUGCGUGUCUCCGAGCCCUCUGCAGUGUUUGCCAAGGAGCAGCCAGCACGCAGUGAGGUGCUCUGCAAGGCAGGGGCCAGUGCCACCCUGAGCUGUGAGGUGGCCCAGGCCCAGACAGAGGUGACGUGGUACAAGGACGGGAAGAAGCUGAGUGCGAGCUCCAAUGUGCACAUGGAGGCCAAGGGCUGCAGCAGGCGGCUGGUGGUGCAGCAGGCGGGGAAGGCGGACGCCGGGGAGUACAGCUGCGAGGCCGGGGGCCAGAAGGUGUCCUUCCGCCUGGACGUCACAGAACCUGCAUUAGUGUUUGCCAAGGACCAGCCAGCAUUCAGGGAGGUGCAGGCCAAGGCAGGGUCCAGUGCCACCCUGAGCUGUGAGGUGGCCCAGGCCCAGACGGAGGUGACGUGGUACAAGGACGGGAAGAAGCUGAGUGCGAGCUCCAACGUGCACAUGGAGGCCAAGGACUGCAGCAGGCGGCUGGUGGUGCAGCAGGCAGGGAAGGUGGAUGCCGGGGAGUACAGCUGCGAGGCGGGGGGCCAGAAGGUGUCCUUCCACCUGGAUGUCACAGAGCCCUCCGUGGUGUUUGCCAAGGAGCAACCAGCAUGCAGUGAAGUGCAGGCCAAGGCAGGGGCCAGUGCCACCCUGAGCUGUGAGGUGGCCCAGGCCCAGACAGAGGUGACGUGGUACAAGGACGGGAAGAAGCUGAGUGCGAGCUCCAACGUGCAUGUGGAGGCCAAGGGCUGCAGCAGGCAGCUGGUGGUGCAGCAGGUGGGGAAGGCAGAUGCUGGGGAGUACAGCUGCGAGGCCAGGGGCCAGAAGGUGUCCUUCUGCCUGGACGUCACAGAGCCCUCUGUGGCGUUUGCCAAGGAGCAGCCAGCACGCAGUGAGGUGCAGACCAAGGCGGGGGCCAGUGCCACACUGAGCUGUGAGGUGGCCCGGGACAAGACGGAGGUGACAUGGUACAAGGACGGAAAGAAGCUGAAUGCGAGCUCCAAAAUAUGCAUGGAGGCUAAGGGUUGCAAGAGGCAGCUGGUGGUGCAACAGGCGGGGAAAGCAGAUGCUGGGGAGUACAUCUGUGAGGCUGGGGGCCAGAAGGUGUCCUUCCACCUGGAUGUUGCAGAGCCUCCAGCUGUGUUUGCCAAGGAGCAGCCAGCACGCAGUGAGGUGCAGGCCAAGGCGGGGGCCAGUGCCAUCCUGAGCUGUGAGGUGGCCCAGGCCCAGAUGGAGGUGACAUGGUACAAGGACGGGAAGAAGCUGAGUGCGAGCUCCAACGUGCACGUGGAGGCCAAGGGCUGCAGCAGGCGGCUGGUGGUGCAGCAGGCGGGGAAGGCGGACGCUGGGGAGUACAGCUGCGAGGCUGGGGGCCAGAAGGUGUCCUUCCGCCUGGAUGUCACAGAACCCUCUGUGGUGUUUGCCAAGGAGCAGCCAGCACGCAGUGAGGUGCAGGCCAAGGCGGGGUCCAGCGCCACCCUGAGCUGUGAGGUGGCCCAGGCCCAGACAGAGGUGACGUGGUACAAGGACGGGAAGAAGCUGAGUGCGAGCUCCAACGUGCACAUGGAGGCCAAGGGUCGCAACAGACGGCUGGUGGUGCAGCAGGCAGGGAAGAUGGACGCCGGGGAGUACAGCUGCGAGGCUGGGGGCCAGAAGGUGUCCUUCCGCUUGGACGUCACAGAACCUACACUGGUGUUUGCCAAGGACCAGCCAGCACACAAGGAGGUGCAGGCCAAGGCAGGGGCCAGUGCUACCCUGAGCUGUGAGGUGGCCCAGGCCCAGACGGAGGUGACGUGGUACAAGGACGGGAAGAAGCUGAGUGCGAGCUCCAACAUGCACAUGGAGGCCAAGGGCUGCAGCAGGCGGCUGGUGGUGAAGCAGGCGGGGAAGGCGGACACCGGGGAGUACAGCUGCGAGGCAGGGGGCCAGAAGGUGUUCUUCUGCCUGGACGUCACAGAGCCGGCUGCUGUGUUUGUCAAGGAUCAGCCAAUGAACAGUGAGGUACAGGCCAAGGCAGGGGCCAGUGCCACCCUGAGCUGUGAGGUGGCCCAGGCCCAGACAGAGGUGACGUGGUACAAGGAUGGGAAGAAGCUGAGUGUGAGCUCCAACGUGCACGUGGAGGCCAAGGGCUGCAGCAGGCGGCUGGUGGUGCAGCAGGUGGGGAAGGCAGAUGCUGGGGAGUACAGCUGCGAGGUCGGGGGCCAGAAGGUGUCCUUCCGCCUGGACGUCACAGAACCCUCUGUGGUGUUUGCCAAGGAGCAGCCAGCACGCAGUGAGGUGCAGGCCAAGGCGGGGUCCAGCGCCACCCUGAGCUGUGAGGUGGCCCAGGCCCAGACAGAGGUGACGUGGUACAAGGACGGGAAGAAGCUGAGUGCGAGCUCCAACGUGCACGUGGAGGCCAAGGGCUGCAGCAGGCGGCUGGUGGUGAAGCAGGCGGGGAAGGCGGACACCGGGGAGUACAGCUGCGAGGCAGGGGGCCAGAAGGUGUCUUUCCACCUGGAUGUCACAGAACCCUCUGUGGUGUUUGCCAAGGAGCAGCCAGCACGCAGUGAGGUGCUCUGCAAGGCGGGGUCCAGCGCCACCCUGAGCUGUGAGGUGGCCCAGGCCCAGACGGAGGUGACAUGGUACAAGGACGGGAAGAAGCUGAGUGCGAGCUCCAACGUGCACGUGGAGGCCAAGGGCUGCAGCAGGCGGCUGGUGGUGCAGCAGGCGGGGAAGGCGGACGCCGGGGAGUACAGCUGCGAGGUCGGGGGCCAGAAGGUGUCCUUCCGCCUGGAUGUCACAGAGCUGGAGCCCGAGUCCCCCGCCCUGGAGAGACCUGGCCACAGGGAGCCUCUGGUGGUCAGGGAGCAUGAGGACAUUGUCCUGACAGCCAAGCUGGCCACACCCUCUGUGGCCACGGUGACGUGGCUCAAGGACGGUGUGGAGAUUCGCCGAAGCAAGCGGCACGAAACAGCCAGCCUGGGGGACACCCACACCCUGACCAUCCACGGGGCCCAGACCCUGGACAGUGCAGUCUACAGCUGCCGUGUGGGCACGACAGGGCAGGACUUCCCUGUGCAGGUGGAAGAGGUGGCCACCAAGUUCUGCCAACCCCUGGAGCCUGUGAGCGGGGAGCUGGGGGGCACGGUGACGCUGGUGUGCGAGCUGAACCCGCCCCAGGCCGAGGUCGUGUGGCGCUGCGGGAGCACACAGCUCCGGGCUGGGAAGCGCUUCCAGAUUGAAGCCACAGGGCCCCGGCGCUGCCUCACGGUGUCAGGCCUGCGGCUGGAGGAUGCGGGGGAGUACACGUGUGAGACUCGCAACGACCGCACCAGCGCGCAGCUCACCGUCAAUGCCCCCCGCACGGUCAAGUUCACAUCAGAGUUGAGGGCGGUGGUGGCCGAGGAAGGUGGAGAGGCCACCUUCCAGUGCGUGGUGUCCCCGGGCGACUCGGCAGUCACGUGGUUCCGGGACGGCGCCUUGCUGAAGCCCAGCCAGAAGUUUCUCAUCUCCCAAAGUAGCUCCAGCCACAGCCUGACCAUCUCUGGCCUGACCCUGGAGGACGCUGGUCAGAUCACUGCAGAGGCUGAGGGUAUCCAGUCCUCAGCUGCUCUCCGGGUUCGAGAGGCUCCGGUGCUAUUCAGAAAGAAGCUGGAACCCCAGACGGUGGAAGAGCGGAGCUCAGUGACCAUGGAGGUGGAGCUGACGCGGCCGUGGCCCGAUGUCAAGUGGACACGGAAUGCAGCCGCCCUGGCGCCAGGCAAGAACGUGGAGAUCCACGCGGAAAGCACCAGUCACCGCUUGGUUCUGCACUGUGUGGGUUUCGCUGACCGUGGCUUCUAUGGGUGCGAGACUCCAGACGACAAGACGCAGGCCAAGCUCACCGUGGAAAUGCGCCGGGUCCAGCUCGUGCGGGGCCUACAGGCGGUGGAGGUGUCCGAGCUGGGCACAGUCAGCAUGGAGGUGGAGCUGUCCCACGCUGACGUGGAGGGCAGCUGGACGCGGGAUGGCCUGCGGCUACAGCCAGGGCCGACGUGCCAGCUGGCCGUACAUGGCCCCAUCCACACGCUCACGCUGUUGGACCUGCGGCCACGGGAUGGCGGCCUCGUCACCUUCAAAGCUGAGGGGGUGCACACGUCCGCGCGGCUCAUGGUAACCGAGCUGCCUGUGAGGUUCAGCCGCCCCCUGAAGGACAUGGUGGUCACAGAGAAGGACAAGGUGACCCUGGAGUGUGAGCUGUCACGCCCCAAUGUGGAUGUGCGCUGGCUGAAGGACGGUGUGGAGCUGCGGGUGGGCAAGACAGUGGGCAUGGUGGCCCAGGGUGCCUGUCGGAGUCUCAUCAUUUACCGGUGUGAGCUCGGGGACCAGGGCGUGUACGUGUGUGACGCCCACGACGCUCAGAGCUCAGCCUCCCUGAAGGUGCAAGGUCGCAAGGUCCAUAUCGUGAGGCCCCUGGAGGACGUGGAGGUGAUGGAGAAGGAGGGUGCCACGUUCUCCUGUGAGGUCUCACUCGACGAGGUGCCGGCCCAGUGGUUCUGGGAGGGCACUAAGCUUCGGCCCAGUGACAACGUGCGCACCCGCCAGGAAGGAAGGAAAUACACUCUCAUCUUCCGGAAGGUCCUGGCAGAAGAUGCCGGGGAGAUCAAAUUUGUCGCAGAAAAUGCAGAAUCACGAGCACAGCUCCGAGUGAAAGAGCUGCCAGUGGCCAUCCUACGGCCGUUGCGGGACAAGAUAGCCAUGGAGAAGCACCGCGGCGUGCUGGAGUGCCAGCUGUCUCGGGCCAGUGCGCAGGUACAGUGGUUCAAGGGCAGCGUGGAACUACAGCCCGGGCCCAAGUACGAGAUGGUCAGUGACGGCCUCUACCGGAAGCUAAUCAUCAAGGAUGUGCAUCCCGAGGAUGAGGACAUGUACACCUGCAACGCUGGAGACGUUAAGACCAGCGCCCAGUUCUUCGUGGAAGAGCAAUCCAUCACCAUCGUGCGCGGUCUACAGGACGUGACCGUGAUGGAGCCUGCCCCCGCCUGGUUCGAGUGCGAGACCUCCAUUCCGUCGGUGCGGCCGCCCAAGUGGCUCCUGGGAAAGACGAUGCUGCAGGCGGGGGCGAACGUGAGCAUGGAGCAGGAGGGCACGGUGCAUCGCCUGACUCUGCGGCGCACCUGCUCCACCAUGACCGGGCCUGUGCACUUCACCAUCGGCAAGUCGCGCUCCACUGCACGCCUGGUGGUCUCAGACAUCCCGAUGGUGCUCACGCGGCCGCUGGAGCCCAAGGCGGGGCGCGAGCAGCAGUCGGUGGUCCUGUCCUGCGACUUCAAGCCGCCCCCCAAGGCCGUGCAGUGGUACAAGGAAGACACUCCCCUGGCACCCUCUGAGAAGUUCAAGAUGAGCCUGGAGGGCCACAUGGCGGAGCUGCGAAUCCUCCGCCUCACACCCGCGGACGCCGGCAUCUACCGGUGCCAAGCCGGCAGCGCCCAGAGCAGCACGGAGGUCACCGUGGAAGCGCGCGAGGUGACCGUGACACAGCCAUUGCAGGACAUAGAAGUCACGGAGGAGAGCCGAGCCUCUUUCUUCUGUGAGCUGUCCCAUGAGGACGAGGAGCUGGAGUGGUCACUCAACGGCACGCCUCUGUACAACGACAGCUUCCAUGAGAUCACCCACGAGGGCCAGCGCCACACGCUGGUGCUGAAGCGGGUUCGGCGGGCGGAUGCGGGCACCGUGCGCGCCUCCUCCCCCAAGGUGUCGGCCACUGCCCGCCUGGAGGUCAAAGCAAAGCCAGUGGUGUUCCUGAAGGCUCUCGAUGAUGUGUCCGCGGAGGAGCGGGGCACACUGGCCCUGCAGUGCGAGGUCUCGGACCCCCAGGCCCGCGUGGUGUGGCGGAAAGACAGCGUGGAACUGGGCCCCAGCGACAAGUACGACUUCUUGCACACGGCGGGCACGCGUGGGCUUGUGGUGCAUGACCUGAGUCGGGACGACACCGGCCUCUACACUUGCAGCGUGGGCUCCGAGGAGACCCGCGCCAGAGUCAGUGUGCACGACUUACACGUGGGCAUCACCAAGAGGCUGAAGAUGGUGGAGGUGCUGGAGGGCCAGAGCUGCACGUUCGAGUGUGUUCUGUCCCACGAGAACACCGGCGACGUGGCCACGUGGACUGUAGGUGGGAAGACAGUGGGUGGCUCGGGCCGCUUCCGGGCCAGCCGCCAGGGCCGCAAGUACACCCUGGCUAUCCAAGAUGCUGCUCCUAGUGACGCUGGGGAGGUGAUGUUCUCCAUACUGGACCUCACCUCCAAGGCCUCCCUCAUCGUCCGAGAGAGGCCCACGGACAUCGUGAAGCCCCUGGAAGACCAGCAGGCUGCUCCGGGAGAGGAUGUGGUGCUGAGCUGUGAGCUGUCCCGGGCCGGCACCCCAGUGCGCUGGCUGAGGGACGGGAAGGCCAUUCGCAAGAGUCAGAAGUAUGACCUCGUCGUGGAUGGCCCUCGGGCCAUGCUGGUGGUCCAUGCUGUCUCGCCCAAGGAUUCCGGCGAGUACACGUGUGAGACAGAGGCUUCCAAGAGCACAGCGAGCCUCCGUGUGGAAGAAAAGGCAAACUGGUUCACGGAGGAGCUGGCUGAUCUGCAGGGGACGGAGAAGGGCACGGCCGUGUUUGUGUGCAGGACUGAGCGGCCUGCCGCUGUGGUGAUCUGGCGUAAGGGGCUUACGGAGCUGCCUGCCUCAGGGAAGCACACACCCAGCCAGGAUGGCCUGACCCUGAAGCUGACCAUCAGUGCCCUGACCAAGGCAGACAGUGACACCUACACCUGCGACAUUGGCCAGGCCUGCUCCCAGGCCCGGCUCCUGGUGCAGGGCCAGAGGGUGCUCAUCACAGAGGACCUGGAGGAUGUGGAGGUACGCGAGGGCUCGUCAGCCACCUUCUCCUGCCGCAUCUCCCCCCCCGACUAUGGGCCUGUGCAGUGGUUCCUGGAUCAGACGCCCCUGCACCCCAAUGAGCUCAAUGAGAUCCAGGCUCAGCCCGGCGGGUACCAUGUGCUCACCCUUCGGCAGCUGGCUCUCAAGGACUCAGGCACCAUCCACUUUGAGGCGGGGGACCAGCGGGCCUCAGCCACACUGCAGGUCACAGAAAAGCUGAGUGUGUUCUCCCGUGAGCUCACAGACGCUACUGUCACGGAGGGGGAGGACCUGACCCUGAUCUGUGACACCACCACCUCGGACAGCCCCGUGUCCUGGACCAAGGACGGGAAGGCUCUGCGGCCAUCGGCUCGCUGCCAGCUGAGCCAGGAGGGCCACCGGGCACAGCUGGUCAUUACUGGAGCCACCCUGCAGGAUGGUGGGCGCUACAAGUGUGAGUCUGGGGGAUCCUGGACCAGCUCCAUUGUCAGGGUCCACGCACGGCCAGCACGUUUCCGUGAGGGGCUGAAGGACCUGGAGGUGCUGGAGGGCGGGGCUGCCACUCUGCGCUGCAAGCUGUCGUCUGUGGUCGCACCCGUGGAGUGGCGCCGUGGAGAGGAGGUUCUGCGGCCUGGGCCUAAGUACAGUUUGCAUCAGGAGGGCACAGUGCUUGAGCUGGUGGUCCGGGACCUGCGGCCCCAGGACAGCGGACCAUACUCCUGCUGUUUCGGGGACCAAAGGACCAUGGCCACACUCACUGUGAAGGCCUCACCUGCUGAGUUCAUAGGGAGAAUGAGAAGCAAGGAGGCCACGGAAGGGGCCACGGCCACAUUGCGCUGUGAGCUGAGCAAGGAGGCCCCCGUGGAGUGGAAGAAGGGGUCCGAGACCCUCAGAGCUGGGGACAGAGUCAGCCUGAGGCAGGAUGGGACCACGUGUGAGCUGGAGAUCCGUGGCCUGGCCGUGGCAGAUGCCGGGGAGUACUCGUGUGUGUGCGGGCAGGAGAAGACAUCAGCCACGCUGACCGUCAGGGCCCUGCCUGCUGAAUUCAUAGGGAGACUGAGAAGCAAGGAGGCCACGGAAGGGGCCACGGCCACGCUGCGCUGUGAGCUGAGCAAGGCAGCCCCCGUGGAGUGGAGGAAGGGGUCCGAGACCCUCAGAGCUGGGGACAGAGUCAGUCUGAGGCAGGAUGGGACCAUGUGUGAGCUAGAGAUCCGUGACCUGGCCGUGGCAGAUGCCGGGGAGUACUUGUGUGUAUGCGGACAGGAGAGGACAUCGGCCACGCUGACCAUCAAAGCCCUUCCUGCCAAGUUCACAAAAAGUCUCAAGGCUGAGGAGGCCACGGAAGGGGCCACGGCCAUGCUGCACUGUGAGCUGAGCAAGGCAGCCCCCGUGGAGUGGAGGAAGGGGUCCGAGACCCUCAGAGCUGGGGACAGAGUCAGCCUGAGGCAGGAUGGGACCACGUGUGAGCUGGAGAUCUGUGGCCUGGCCGUGGCAGAUGCUGGGGAGUACUCGUGUGUGUGUGGGCAGGAGAAGACAUCAGCCACGCUGACCAUCAGGGCCCUGCCUGCCAAGUUCACCAAGGGCCUGAGGAAGGAAGAGGCCACAGAAGGGGCCACGGCCACGCUGCGCUGUGAGCUAAACAAGGAGGCCCCCGUGGAGUGGAAGAAGGGGUCUGAGACCCUCAGAUCUGGAGACAGAGUCAGCCUGAGGCAGGAUGGGACCACGUGUGAGCUGGAGAUCCGUGGCCUGGCCGUGGCAGAUGCCGGCGAGUACUUAUGUGUGUGCGGGCAGGAGAAGACAUCAGCCACACUGACCGUCAGGGCCCUGCCCGCCAAGUUCACCAAGGGCCUGAGGAAGGAAGAAGCCACGGAAGGGGCCAUGGCCACGCUGCGCUGUGAGCUGAACAAGGAGGCCCCCGUGGAGUGGAAGAAGGGAUCUGAAACCCUCAGAGCUGGGGACAGAGUCAGCCUGAGGCAGGAUGGGACCACGUGUGAGCUGGAGAUCCAUGGCCUGGCCGUGGCAGAUGCCGGGGAGUACUCGUGUGUGUGCGGGAAGGAGAGGACAUCAGCCAUGCUGACUGUCAGGGCGCUGCCUGCUCAGUUCAUCCAAGAUCUGAAGAUCAAGGAGGCCUCAGAAGGAGCCACAGCCACACUGCACUGUGAGCUGAGCAAGGAGGCCCCCGUGGAGUGGAAAAAGGGGUCCGAGACCCUCAGAGCUGGGGACAGAGUCAGCCUGAGGCAGGAUGGGACCACGUGUGAGCUGGAGAUCCGUGGCCUGGCUGUGGCAGAUGCCGGGGAGUACUCGUGUGUGUGUGGGCAGGAGAAGACAUCAGCCACGCUGACCGUCAGGGCCCUGCCCGCCAAGUUCACCAAGGGCCUGAGGAAGGAAGAAGCCACGGAAGGGGCCACGGCCACGCUGCGCUGUGAGCUGAGCAAGGAGGCCCCCGUGGAGUGGAAGAAGGGAUCUGAGACUCUCAGAGCUGGGGACAGAGUCAGCCUGAGGCAGGAUGGGACCACAUGUGAGCUGGAGAUCUGUGGCCUGGCCGUGUCAGAUGCUGGGGAGUACUCGUGUGUGUGCGGGCAGGAGAAGACAUCAGCCACUCUGACUAUCAGGGCCCCACAGGUGGUAUUCAGGGAGCCCCUGCAGAGCCUGCAGGCUGAGGAGGGGGCCUCGGUCACCCUACGGUGUGAGCUGUCCCAGCCCAACGCCACCGUGGUCUGGAGCAAGGGCGGCCUGGAGGUGCAGGCUGACGGGCGCAGGGAGCCUCGGCAGCGGGGCCCCACGGUGGAGCUUGUACUGAGGGACCUGCGCCGGGAGGAUGCGGGCGAAUACGCAUGUGCCUGUGGACCCCAGGCCACCAGUGCCACCCUCAUUGUUACAGCUGCACCUGUGCGGUUCCUGCGGGAGUUGCAGGCCCAGGAGGUGGACGAGGGCGCCACGGCGCGCCUGCGCUGCGAGCUGAGCCGAGAGGACGCCAGCGUGGAGUGGCGCAAAGGGUCCCUGCAGCUCUUCCCGUGCGCCAAAUACCAGAUGGUGCAGGAGGGCAGGACUGCUGAGCUGCUGGUGCGGGGCGUGGAGCCUGAGGACUCCGGCCACUACACCUGCAACGCGGGCGACUCGCAGAGCACUGCUAGCCUCUCCAUCCGAGCCCCUAGGCCUAUAUUCCAGGAGGAGCUGCAGAGCACGGAGCAGGAGGCCGGCAGUGUGGCCUGGCUGCGCUGUGAGCUGAGUGGGACAGAGACCGGUGUCCCCGUGCAGUGGCUCAAGGAGGGUGUGGAGCUGCACGGGGGCCCCAAAUAUGAGAUAAGGCGCCUGGGGACCACAUGUGAGCUGCUGAUCCACGGGCUGGAGGCCAAGGACACGGGCGAGUAUGUCUGCGUGGCUGGCGGCCGGAAAACCGUGGCCUCUGUCAGGGUCAGAGAGCCGGAGGUGACCAUUGUGCGGGGGCUGGAGGAUGCCGAGGUGCAGGUGGAUGGGGACGUGGAGUUCACUUGUGAGGUGUCACGGGAUGGAGUCACCAAUGUGGAGUGGCGUCUCCAGGGCCUGCCGCUGCAGAACAAUGAGGUGACGGAAGUGUCCGUGCGGGGAGGCCGCACCCACACUCUCCGGCUGACGGGCGUGACCCCCGAGGAUGCAGGCACCAUCUCUUUCCACGUGGGCGUCCACACGUCCUCUGCCCAGCUCACUGUCCGAGUCCCUGAGGUGACCAUUCUGGAGCCCCUGCAGGACCUGCAGCUCAGCGAGGGCCAGGACGCCCAUUUCAGGUGCCAGCUGUCCAGAGCCUCUGGCCAGGAGGCCCGCUGGGCCCUGGGAGGGGUACCGCUGCAGGCCAAUGAGAUGAAUGACAUCACUGUAGAAGAUGGCACACUCCAUCUCCUCACCCUGCACAAGGUGACCCUAGAGGAUGCUGGAACCAUCAGCUUCCAAGUGGGCUCAUGUAGCUCGGAGGCCCAGUUAAAGGUCACAGAGGCGGCCCCAUGCCUGGUACGUGGCUUGCAGAAUGUGGACGUCUUUGCGGGGGAGGUGGCCACGUUCUCCUGUGAGGUGUCCAGCGCCGGUGGGCCGGAGGCCCGCUGGUGGCUGGAUGGCACCCUACUGCAGGACAGCCCCCAGAGCGCCAUCUCCGUGCGUGACGGGACCUUCCACUCCCUCACGCUCUCGGGCCUGGGGGUUGCCGACUCAGGCACCAUCACCUACCGUGCAGGGCCCCUGGUCUCCACGGCCAAGCUGUUGGUCAAAGAUCCCACGGUGGAGGUGGUCAGUGCCAUGCAGGACCUGGUGGUGGAGGAGGGCGGCUCGGCAGAGCUCCUCUGCCAGUACUCGCGGCCCGUGCAGGCCACGUGGAAGAUGGACGAACAGGAGGUGUGCGCUGACGGGCGCCGUGUCUUCAUAGAGCAGGACUGGACCGUGGCCAGGCUGUCCUUCAGGCCAGCCUUGCCUUGCGACAGUGGCAUCUAUUCUUGUGAGGCUGCGGGCACCCGCGUGGCAGCCCUGCUCCAUGUGCAAGCCAAGAACACAGUGCUGCGUGGCCUAGAGAACGUGGACGCGCUGGAAGGUGGCGAGGCGCUGUUUGAGUGCCAGCUGUCGCGCCCCGAGGUGGCUGCCCACAGCUGGCUGCUGGACGAUGAGCCCGUGCACACGUCGGAGAACGCAGAGGUGGUCUACUUCGACAAUGGACUGCGUCACCUGCUGCUGCUCAAGAACCUGCGUCCGCAGGAUAGCUGCCGGGUCACCUUUCUGGCGGGGGAUGUGGUGACGUCCGCGUUCCUCACGGUCAGAGGCUGGCGCCUGGACAUACUGGAGCCGCCGCAAGACGCCACGGUGCGAGCCGGGGUGCAAGCCCGCUUCAGCUGCAUGCUCAGCGAGGCGGUGCCGGUGGGCGAGGCGACCUGGUACAUCAAUGGGACUGCUGUGCAGCCCGACGACCCUGACUGGAUGGUCACCGCGGAUGGCAGCCACCAUGCCUUGUUGCUGCGCAGUGCCCAGAUGCACCAUGCUGGCGAAGUCACCUUUGCUGCCCGCGAUGCCGUGGCCUCCGCACGGCUCACGGUGCUGGGCAUCCCGGAUCCCCCAGAGGACGCCGAGGUGGUGGCUAGGAGCAGCCACUCCGUGACGCUGUCAUGGGUGGCACCCGCAAGCGACGGUGGCGGCGGUCUCUGUGGCUAUCGUGUGGAGAUGAAGGCGGCCGCCACGGGCGAGUGGCGCCUGUGCCAUGAACUGGUGCCUGGGCCUGAGUGCGUGGUGGAUGACCUGGCUCCCGGGGAGACCUACCGCUUCCGAGUGGCGGCUGUGGGCCCAGCGGGGGCUGGGGAGCCCGUGCACCUGCCGCAGACAGUGAGACUGGAGCCCCAGGAGCCUGAACCUGCGCCGCCAGCUCCCGUGCUGGGGGCUCCCGCGUGCCCCGCUCCUGCGCCCCCGGCUCCCACGCACCCCGCUCCUGAGAGCCGGCAGGUGGUUGCAGGCAAGGACGUGUGUUUGGAGUGCGAGGUCACUGAGGCGGGUGAGGUCGUCUGGCUGAAGGGGUCGGAGCUCAUCCAGCCCAGCGGGCGCUUCCAAGUUCUCUGCCGGGGUCAGCAGCAGACGCUGGUCAUCCGGGGAUUCUCGGCGGAGGACCAGGGCGAGUACCGCUGCUGCCGCACCCAGGACCCCACCUCCCCUGCAGCUGCCACUUUCCAGGUGGUGCUGACCCCCGGGUCUGGGGAUGAGACCCCUGCACAGCCCAGCCUCCCCCCUGAGGCAGCCCAGGAGGGCGACCUGCACCUGCUGUGGGAGGCCCUGGCCCGGAAGCGCCGCAUGAGCCGUGAGCCCACGCUAGACUCCAUCAGUGAACUGCCUGAGGAGGAUGGUCGCCUGCAGCAUCUGCGACAGGAGGCAGAGGAAGCAGCCCCUGACCUCUCAGAGGACUACUCCACAGCAGACGAGCUGGCACGAACUGGCGAGGCUGACCUCUCACAUACCAGCUCUGAUGAUGAGUCCCGGGCAGGCACUCCUUCCCUGGUUACCUAUCUCAAGAAGGCUGGGAGGCCCAGCACCUCACCACUGGUCAGCAAGGCUGGGGUCCCCACAGUCCUACCUGGGAAGCCACAGAAGCAUCAGGACCAGCCAACAGCCACUCACCCACCACCGGGAGACCUGAGUGCUGAGGACCUGAGUGACCCAUCCAUGGACAAAGCAGCCGUGAAGAUCCAGGCUGCCUUCAAGGGCUACAAGGUCCGCAAGGAGAUGAAGCAGCAGGAGGGACCUGUGUUCUCCCGCACGUUCAGGGACACUGAGGCACAGGUGGGGGAUGUCCUGCGUCUGGAGUGUGUGGUGUCCAGCAAGGCGGAUGUGCGUGCCCGCUGGCUGAAGGAUGGCAUGGAGCUGGUGGACGGUCGGCACCACCACAUCGACCAGCUUAGCGAUGGCACCUGCUCCCUGCUGGUCACGGGCCUGGGCCUGGCGGACGCCGGCUGCUACACCUGUCAGGUGAGCAGCAAGUUUGGCCGCGUGGCCCACAGCGCUUGUGUGGUGGUCAGCGGGACUGAGAGCGAGGCAGAGAGCUCCUCGGGGGGUGAGCUGGACGACGCCUUCCGCCGGGCAGCCCGGCGGCUGCACCGGCUCUUCCGCACCAAGAGCCCGGCUGAGGUCUCAGAUGAAGAGAUCUUCCUCAGUGCGGAUGAGGGAUCCGCAGAGCCCGAGGAGCCUGCAGACUGGCAGAUGUACCGCGAAGACCAGCACUUUGUCCACAUCCGCUUCGAGUCGCUGGACGAGGCCCACCGUGCGGCCACCUGCUUCCGGGAGAUGUUCGGCACCAUGGGCAUCUCAGUGGACAUCUGCCUGUCGGAGCAGGGGCCCAGGGGCGUGGAGAUGCGCAUCAGCAAGCUGGCUCCACCCCCGGCUGCAACGCAGGCGAUGGCGCCUUGCCCACUGACUGCGGAGGAGGCCGCCCCGGUGUUCCUGACUGAACUGCAGAACCAGGAGGUGCUGGACGGGUACCCCGUGAGCUUCGACUGCGUGGUGACCGGCCAGCCCGUGCCCACUGUAUGCUGGUUCAAGGAUGGCCGGAUGCUGGAGGAGGACGACCACUAUAUGAUCAGCGAAGACCAGCAGGGCGGUCACCAGCUCAUCAUCACAGCUGUAGUGCCUGCAGACAUGGGCGUAUACCGCUGCAUGGCUGAGAACAGCGUGGGCGUGUCUUCCACCAAGGCCGAGCUCCGCGUGGACCUGACCAGCACAGACUAUGAAACUGCUGCUGAUGCCACGGAGACCUCCUCCUACUUCAGCGCCCAGGGCUACCUGUCCAGCCGGGAGCAAGAGGGCAUGGAAUCAACCUCAGAGGAGGGCCAGCUGCCCCAGGUGGUGGAGGAGCUGAAGGACCUCCAGGUGGCCCCCGGCACACGCCUGGCCAAGUUCCAGCUCAAGGUGAAAGGCUACCCAGCACCCCGACUGUACUGGUUCAAAGACGGGCAGCUCCUGACGGCUUCUGAGCACAUCCACAUGGCGGACAGGAAGACGCUUCACACCCUGGAGGUCGUGUCGGUCACCCGUGAGGAUGCUGGCCAGUACUCGGCCUACAUCAGCAACAAUGUGGGCGCGGCCUACUCAUCUGCACGGCUGCUGGUCCGAGGCCCCAAAGAUCCCGAAGAGAAGCCUGCAUUGGAUGUGGGCCAACAGCUGGUGCCACCCCGGUUCCUGGAAAGAUUCACCUCCAAGAAAGUAAAGAAAGGUUCCAGCAUCACCUUCUCAGUGAAGGUGGAAGGCUCUCCUGCCCCCACGGUGCAUUGGCUGCGGGAAGAGGCAGAGCGGGGCGUGCUGUGGAUCGGCAGGGACUCACCGGGCUACACAGUGGCCAGCUCGGCCCAGCAGCACAGUCUGGUCCUGCUGGACGUGGGCAGACAGCACCAGGGCACCUACACCUGCAUUGCCACCAAUGCCGCGGGCCAGGCCCUCUGCUCCGCCAGCCUGCACAUCUCCGGCUUGCCCAAGGAGGCGGGUGCCGCGGAGGAGCACGCUGGAGUGAAGGAGGCCCUCAUCUCCACCUUCCUGCAGGGGGCCCAAGCCGUGUCUGCACAGAUGACUGAGACCGCGGGGUUUGCCGCUGAUAUCGUUGGGCAGAGGACAGCAGAGCCCGCGGUGGUGGAAGCCCAUGGCCACCUGUCCCUGGCUGAGGUGGGCACAGAAGAGUUCCUGCAGAAGCUCACGUCCCAGAUCACUGAGAUCGUGUCGGCCAAGAUCACGCAGGGUGAGGCCAAGCUGCAGGUGCCUGGAGGGGACAGUGAUGAGGAAUCCAAGACACCAUCCGCAUCCCCCCGGCACGGCCGUUCCCGCCCCUCCUCCAGUGUCCAGGAGUCGUCCUCAGAGUCGGAGGACGGGGACUCCCGAGGCGAGAUCUUCGAUAUCUAUGUGGUCACGGCUGACUACCUGCCCCUGGGGGCCGAGCCGGAUGCCAUCUCCCUGCGGGAGGGCCAGUACGUGGAGGUGCUGGACUCGGCCCACCCCCUGCGCUGGCUUGUGCGCACCAAGCCCACCAAGUCCAGCCCCUCACGGCAAGGCUGGGUGUCCCCUGCCUACCUAGACAAGCGGCUCAAGCUGUCGCCCGAGUGGGGGCCCAGUGAGGCCCCCGAGUUCCCAGGGGAGGCCGUGUCUGAAGAUGAAUACAAGAUGAGGCUGAGCUCUAUCAUCCAGGAGCUGCUGAGCUCUGAGCAGGCCUUUGUGGGCAAGCUGCAGUUCCUGCAGAAGCACCACAUCCAGCACCUGGACCGCUGCCCGCACGUGCCCACGGCCGUGGCCAGCCAGAAAGCAGUCAUCUUCCGCAACGUGCAGGACAUCAGCCACUUCCACAGCAGCUUCCAGCGGGAGCUGCAGAGCUGUGACACCGAUGACGACGUGGCCAUGUGCUUCAUCAAGAACCAGGCAGCCUUUGAGAAGUACCUGGAGUUCCUGGUGGGCCGUGUGCAGGCUGAGUCAGCAGUGGUGGGCACGGCUGUGCAGGAGUUCUACAAGAAGUACACAGAGGAGGUGCUGUCGGCUGCAGACCCGUCGCAGCCGCCCCCGCCGCCCCUGCAGCACUUCCUGGAGCAGCCCGUGGAGCGGGUCCAGCAGUACCAGGCCCUGCUCAAGGAGCUGAUCCGCAACAAGGCGAGGAACGGGCAGAACUGUGCGCUUCUGGAGCAGGCCUACGCGGUGGUGUCCGCCCUGCCGCAGCGUGCGGAGAACCAGCUGCACGUGUCGCUCAUGGAGAACUACCCAGGCACCCUGGAGGCACUGGGCGAGCCCAUUCGCCAGGGCCACUUCAUUGUAUGGGAGGGGGCACCGGGCGCGCGGAUGCCCUGGAAGGGCCAUCACCGCCACGUCUUCCUGUUCCGCCACCACCUGGUGGUCUGCAAGCCCAGAAGGGAUUCCCGCACCGACACUUUCAGCUACGUCUUCCGGAACAUGAUGAAGCUGAGCAGCAUCGACCUGAAUGACCAGGUGGAGGGUGACGACCGUGCCUUCGAGAUCUGGCAUGAGCGGGAGGACUCGGUGCGCAAGUACCUGCUGCAGGCGCGCACGGUCAUCACCAAGAACUCGUGGGUGAAGGAGAUCUGUGGCAUCCAGCAGCGCCUGGCCCUGCCCGUGUGGCACCCCCCAGAUUUCGAGGAGGAGCUGGCGGACUGCACAGCAGAGCUUGGUGAGACAGUGAAGCUGGCCUGCCGUGUGACGGGCACCCCCAAGCCUAUCGUCAGCUGGUACAAAGAUGGGAAGCCAGUGGAGGUGGAUCCACACCACAUCCUCAUCGAAGACCCUGACGGCUCCUGUGCCCUUAUCCUGGACAACCUGACCGGCAUGGAUUCGGGCCAGUACAUGUGCUUUGCAGCCAGCGCUGCUGGCAAUGCUAGCACACUGGGCAAAAUCCUGGUGCAAGUACCCCCAAGGUUCGUGAAGAAGGUCCAGGCCAUUCCUUUUGUGGAGGGAGAGGACGUGCAGGUCACCUGCACCAUGGAAGGCGCCCCACACCCUCAGAUCAGGUGGUUCAAAGAUGGGGCCCUGCUGACUCCCAGCAGCAAGUACCGAACCCUGAGUGAGCCCCGAAGUGGUCUGCUGGUGCUGGAGAUCCUGGCAGCUAGCAAGGAUGACCUGGGCCAUUACGAGUGCGAGUUGGUGAACCGGCUGGGCUCUGCGAGGGGCGGGGUAGAGCUGUGCAUGCAGAGCCCUGCUGUGCGGGCCCGAGAGCAGCUUCGAAGGGAGCAGCUUGCCACUGUGGAAGAUGCUGCAGUCCCUCCCCCAGUUGCCCUGGAACCAGCAGACCGGGAAGUCACAGUGUGCCCUGAGUCUCCAGGACCCUCCACAGGGGACCAUGCUGGCCCCAGCCCUGGCCGUGGGGGGCCACCCAAACUCCAGAAGGCUGGCCCCCAACCCCCAGGCACAGAUGCUGCAGCUGCAUCUGAUGAGGCCCAGUGGCCUCAGGCUGAUUGGCAAGUGCCACCUGCUCUCAGAGUCCCGCCUGUGCUGGCCCCAGCCUCAGCCACCCCAGUUGAGCCCCAGAAGGUGCCACAGCCUCUCCCCGAGCAGGGCCAGGAGCAGGACUCCGGAGCCUACACUGAGGACCAGGGACGUGUCGUGCCCAUCAGGAUGGAGGGCACAGCCUGGCCGGGGGCAGGUGCGGUGCCGCUAUGGGACAUCCACAGCCAAGUGUUCAUGGAGACCACCCACAGGACAUACGUGUACCAGGCCAGCGAUGCGGCUGCCACAAGGCCCCCGUCCAUGCAGGUCACCAUCGAAGAUGUGCAGGCACAGAGGGGCAGCACAGCCCAGUUCCAUGCGGUUAUUGAGGGCAACCCACAGCCUAUGGUGACCUGGUACCGGGACAAUGCCCAGCUGGUGGACGGCGCCCGGCUGAGCCAGCAGCAGGACGGGGCCACCUACUCCCUGGUGCUGAGGGACGUGACCCAGCACGAUGCCGGUGUCUACACAUGCCUGGCCCGCAACGCUGGCGGCCAGGUGCUAUGUAAAGCAGAGCUGGUAGUCCAUGGGGGAGACGGCGAGCUGGAGUCAGAGAAACAAAGUUAUCGAAGGAAACUGCACUCUUUCUACGAGGUCAAGGAGGAAAUUGGAAGGGGCGUGUUCGGCUUCGUGAAGAGGGUGCAACACAAGGGAAACCAGAUGUUCUGCGCAGCCAAGUUCAUCCCCCUGCGGAGCAGGACGCGCACCCAGGCGUAUCGCGAACGGGACAUCCUGGCCACGCUGAGCCACCCUCUGGUCACUGCGCUGCUGGACCAGUUUGAGACCCGGAAGACCCUGAUCCUUGUGCUGGAGCUAUGCUCGUCAGAGGAGCUACUGGACCGUCUGUUCAAGAAGAAUGUGGUGACAGAGGCUGAGGUCAAGGUCUACGUCCAGCAGCUGGUUGAGGGGCUGCAAUACCUGCAUAGCCAAAGUGUUCUCCACCUGGACAUAAAGCCCCCCAACAUCCUGAUGGUGCACCCUGCUCGGGAAGACAUUAAAAUCUGCGACUUUGGCUUUGCCCAAAAAAUCACCCCAGGAGAGCCACAGUACAGCAAGUACGGCUCCCCAGAAUUUGUGUCCCCAGAGAUCAUCGAGCAGACGCCUGUGAGCGAAGCCUCCGACAUCUGGGCCAUGGGGGUCAUCUCCUACCUCAGCCUGACCUGCUCGUCCCCAUUCGCUGGUGAGAGUGACCGAGCCACCCUCCUGAACAUUCUGGAGGGGCGGGUGUCCUGGAGCAGCCCGGCAGCUGCCCACCUCAGUGAUGAUGCCCGGAACUUCAUCAAGGCUGCCCUGCAGAGGGCCCCUGAGGCUCGGCCCAGUGCAGCCAAGUGCCUCGCCCACCCCUGGUUCAAGAGGUCGAUGCCCGCGGAGGAGGCCCACUUCAUCAACACCAAGCAGCUCAAGUUCCUGCUGGCCCGCAGCCGCUGGCAGCGCUCCCUGAUGAGCUACAAGUCCAUCCUGGUGAUGCGCUCCAUUCCGGAGCUGCUUCAGGGCCCGCCCGACAGCCCGUCCCUCGGGGUGGCCCGGCACCUGCGCGGCGACGCCAGCGCCUCGUCCAGCAGCUCGUCCUCUUCGUCUGACAACGAGCUGGCCCCCUUCGCCCGGGCCAGGUCGCUGCCGCCAUCUCCGGUGACGCACUCGCCGCUGCUGCACCCGCGCGGCUUCCUGCGCCCGUCCGCCAGCCUGCCGGAGGAGACCGAGGCUUGCGCGUCCGCCGCGGCCGCGCCUCCGCGCACGCCGCCCAUGGGCGCCCCGGGCUGCGUGCCCCGGCACAGCGUGGUCUGCAGCCUCUUCUACGAGCAGGCGGGCGAGGGCCCGGAGCGCGGAGGUCCCGCCGCGGGCGGCCGGCGGCAUCCGGCCCGGCGGCGGCACUUGCUCCAGGGCGGCUACUUCGCCGGCGCCCUGCCCGGCCUGCGCGAGCCGCUGCUGGAGUACCGCGCGCUGGAGGAGGAAGCCGCCCGGGAAGAGCAGGCCGCCCUGGUGGCCAAAGCGCCCUCCUUCGAGACCGCCUUGCGGCUGCCGGGCUCCAGCGCCCGCGGAGCCCCCGGCCGCAGCCGCUCCCUGGAGCUCGACCAGCCACACGCCUCAAGCUCCUCCACGGAGGCCUGUGGCGGAGGGCAGUGCCCUGGCCCGGCCCUCUCGGGCCUCCAGGCGGGCUCAGGGGAGGGCUGGCCAGGAGGGGUCACCUGCGCCAGGGAGAUGGAGCAUCUGGAGGGAUCCCAGCAGGGGCCGCGACUGUUAAAGUCCCUCGGUGUCGACCUGGGGUCCACUAGGCAGGAGGGGUCCUGUCAGGACAGCUGUGGGGGGCAGCCCGCCCCUUCCAUUCAUCCCUUGGAAGGCUGUGGCCCCCAUAAGACUGUUACACCACAACCUUCUGGCUCCUUCCCUUCAAAGCAGUGCACAGGUGACUUGGCACACUUAAGCUCCUUCCUCUCUGGGGAGCCAACAGCUCUGGUCUCCCCAGCCCAAGAAAGCCCCCAGCCAGGCUCUAAGAAGGGAACAGAGCACACUCCUCUCCCUGGGAGGCCAAAUCUUCCUAGCGCCCCAGGGCUGGCCUUCCCGGUGGGCACUGAGCCCGGCCCCUUACAGGAUGCGGAGGCCCUGGCCGUGGAGCUGGAGGACACAUCAGAGGUCGAGCCCAGCCCACAGCGGCCUCAGGAGCAGGCCACCACACGGAAGUUCUCCGUGGGGGCGCGCCGUGGGGGCUAUGCAGGAGUGGCAGGCUAUGGCACCUUUGCCUUUGGCGGGGACGCGGGGGGCAUGCUGGGGCAGGGCCCCCUGUGGGCCAGGAUGGCCUGGGCCACCUCUCAGUCCUCUGAGGAGCACGACGAUGCUAGGGCCCAGAGCCCGGCCCCCCAGGCCAGCGCAGCACCCCCUCCUGAGGGCAGUGGGGCAGCUCUAAGGGCCUCCCCGGAGUUGAGCUCAUGGGAGGACUUCGGUGGAGGCUCCCAGGUGUCCCUGGUACAGAUCCGAGACCUGUCUGGGGACUCGGAAGGGGCCGACACGGUGUCCCUGGACAUCUCAGAGGUGGAGCCUGCCUACCUCAACCUGUCUGACCUCUACGACAUCAAGUAUCUGCCCUUCGAGUUCAUGAUCUUCAGGAAAGUCCCCAAGCCUGUGCAGCCAGAGCCCCCACCAUCCCCUGAGUCUGAGGCCGGGGAGGAGCUGGCGGAGUUCCCGGAGGCUGGGUGGCCUUGGCCGGGUGCACUGGGUCCACCGGCCAGCUUGCAGAUCACAGAGGAGCCAGAGGACAUGGAGACCCUGCUCAGAGAGACUGUGGGCAGUAGGAAGCGCAAGUGGUCACCCCCCUCGGGUGGCCUCUUCCACUUCCCAGGGAGGCACACGCUGCUGGAGGAACCUGUGGAGCUGAGUCUGCGCCGGAGGGUGAGGGCCUCCGUGGCCCACAUCUCCCGCCUGCUAAAGGGCAGGCCUGAAGGUCUGGAAAAAGAGAGUCCCCCCAGGAAGAAGGCAGGCCUGGCUUCCUUCCGGUUGGGCCUGAAGAAUAGGGACCGAGCGCCAUCAUUUCUAAGGGAGCUUGCAGAUGAAACAGUGGUCCUGGGCCAGUCCGUGACUCUGGCCUGCCAAGUGUCGGCCCAGCCAGCUGUACAGGCCACCUGGACCAAAGACGGGGCAACCCUGGAAAGCACCAGCCGCAUCCUCAUCUCCUCCACACUCAAGAACUUCCAGCUUCUGACCAUCCUGGUGGUAAAGGCCGAGGACCUGGGGGUGUACACGUGCAGUGUGAGCAACAUGCUGGGGACAGUGGCCACAACGGCUGUCCUCCGGAAGGCAGAGCGCCCCUCGUCUUCUCCACGCCCGGACAUUGGGGAGGUGUAUGCUGAUGGCGUGCUGCUGGUCUGGAAACCUGUGGAGUCCUACGGGCCUGUAACAUACAUUGUGCAGUGUAGCCUGGAAGGCGGCAGCUGGAGCACACUGGCUUCUGACGUCUUUGACUGCUGCCACCUCGCCACCAAGCUUUCCAGGGGUGGCGUGUACACUUUCCGGACAGCCUGUGUCAGCAAGGCGGGCAUGGGACCUUACAGCAGCCCCUCAGAGGAGGUCCUCCUGGGAGGGCCCAGCCACCUGGCCUCGGAGGAAGAGAGCCGUGUCCUGCCCCCGGCGCAGCCCCUCCCCAGCAAGCAGACCUUCGCCUUCCAGACGCAGAUUCGAAGGGGCCGCUUCAGCGUGGUGCGGCAGUGCCGGGAGAAGGCCAGCGGACGCGCGCUGGCCGCGAAGAUAGUGCCCUACCGCCCCGAGGACAGGACUGCCGUGCUGCGCGAAUACGAAGCCCUCAAGAGCCUGCGUCACCCGCACCUGGCCCAGCUACACGCCGCCUACCUCAGCCCCCGGCACCUGGUUCUAAUCUUGGAGCUGUGCUCGGGACCCGAGCUGCUGCCCUGCCUGGCGGAAAGGGCCUGCUACUCGGAAUCGGAGGUGAAGGACUACCUGUGGCAGAUGCUGAGCGCCGCCCAGUACCUGCACGCCCAGCGCAUUCUGCAUUUGGACCUCAGGUCCGAGAACAUGAUCGUCACCGAGUACAACUUACUCAAGGUCGUCGACCUGGGCAACGCCCAAAACCUCGCCCAGGAGAGGGUCCAGCCCCCCGAGAGGUUCAAAGACUACGUGGAGACCAUGGCUCCUGAGCUCCUGGAGGGUCAGAGUGCCGUCCCGCAGACAGACAUCUGGGCCAUAGGCGUGACAGCCUUCAUCAUGUUGAGCGCGGAGUACCCCGUGAGCAGUGAAGGGACACGUGACAUGCAGAAAAGCCUUCGCAAGGGGCUAGUCCGUCUGAGUCGCUGUUAUGCGGGGCUGUCCGGCGGCGCCGUGGGUUUUCUCCGGAGCGCUUUGUGCGUUCACCCGUGGGGCCGGCCUUGCGCGUCUAGCUGCUUGCAGUGCCCGUGGCUAACCGAGGAGGGCCCUGCUGGCUUCCAGCCCGCGGCCGUGACCUUCCCAACUGCGCGCCUGCGCGCCUUCGUGCGCGAGCGAGAGAAGAGGCGGGCGCUGUUGUACAAGAAACACAACCUGGCCCAGGUUCACUGAGUACGUGGUCUGGCAGAGAAGAUGUGUGUGUGGGGGGAGGGUGGGCUUCACCCCCUAGUGUUCCCUCUAGGACUUGCUGUAUACACACCGACACACCAAUAAAAAGCAGAACUGGA